GCUGCGGCGGAGCGGCACGCUGUGCGACGUGACCCUGCGCGUGCAGCGCCAGGCCUUCGCCGCGCACCGCAUCGUGCUGGCGGCCUGCAGCGACUACUUCUGCGCCAUGUUCACGAGCGAGAUGCCAUACCACGGCAAGCAUGGAGCCCGCUCAGAUCACCGCGGCAGUUAUGAGAGUUGUAAACAACACGUACGUUAUUCAGCAGUAUAUGCAGAACCAGCACCUGCAAAAGCAGGCGAGGAGGUGACGGCAGCACGGUGAGGAGAGUGAUGAGAACAUGGACACAGACUUCUCUCAAAGUACGGGCCUCGGCAAUGUGGACAUCAUGGUGGUAAGGGGGCAAGUUCAUGCCGUGGAACGCCGAUUCUGGGCCCUGGAAACAAGCACAGACUGGUGGGACCGCAUAGUGUUGCAGGUCUGGGACGAUUCCCAGUGGCUGCGAAACUUUCACAUGCGUAAAGGCACUUGCAUGGAACUUUGUGACUUGCUUUCCCCUGCCCUGAAGCACAAGAGUACCAAGAUGAGAGCAGCCCUCACAGUCGAGAAGCGAGUGGCAAUAGCCCUCUGGAAGCUUGCAACGCCAGACAGCUACUGGUCAGUCGGGAAUCAGUUUGGAGUGGGCAGAUCUACUGCGGGGGCUGCUGUGAUCCAAGUAGCCAACGUAAUCACUGAGCUGCUGCUACCAAGGGUAGUGACUCUGGGAAAUGUGCAGGUCAUAGUGGAUGCCUUUGCUGCAAUGGAAUUGCCGAAAUGUGAUGGGGCGACAGACGGAACCCAUAUCCCUAUCUUAGUACUGGACCACCAAGGCAGCGAGUAUGUGAACCGCAAGGGGUACUUUUCAAUUGUGCUGCAAGCACUGGUGGAUCACAAGGGACGUUUCACCAACAUCAACGUGGGAUGGCCGGGAAAGCUUUCAGAAAAAGAUAAACCAUAUGUGGAUAUCCAAGGGUUGACAGCCUCUACUAUGGAAAUCCUGCUGGACUUUGUGUAUACAGAAACGGUUCAUGUGACGGUAGAAAAUGUCCAGGAAUUGCUCCCAGCAGCAUGUCUGCUUCAGCUGAAAGGUGUGAAGCAGGCUUGUUGUGAGUUCUUGGAAAGCCAGCUGGAUCCAUCAAACUGUUUGGGCAUCCGAGAUUUUGCUGAGACACACAACUGCGUUGAUCUAAUGCAGGCAGCAGAGGUCUUCAGCCAGAAACACUUCCCAGAGGUGGUUCAGCAUGAAGAGUUCAUCCUCUUAAAUCAGGAAGAGGUGGAAAAGCUCAUCAAAUGUGAUGAAAUUCAGGUGGAUUCUGAAGAACCUGUUUUUGAGGCAGUUAUAAAUUGGGUGAAACACUCAAAAAAGGAACGGGAGGACUCCUUGCCAGAGCUGCUGCAGUACGUGCGCAUGCCGCUUCUUACCCCCCGCUACAUCACAGAUGUCAUAGACACUGAGCCUUUUAUACGGUGCAGUUUGCAGUGCAGAGACCUUGUAGAUGAAGCUAAGAAAUUCCACCUAAGGCCUGAGCUCCGGAGUCAGAUGCAGGGACCCAGGACCAGAGCACGUCUAGGGGCUAACGAGGUUCUGCUAGUGAUUGGAGGCUUUGGCAGUCAGCAGUCACCUAUUGACGUGGUGGAAAAAUAUGACCCAAAGACUCAGGAGUGGAGUUUCUUGCCAAGUAUCACCCGUAAGAGGCGCUAUGUUGCCACGGUGUCCCUGCAUGAUCGGAUUUAUGUGAUCGGGGGAUACGACGGCCGCUCCCGUCUCAGCUCUGUGGAGUGCUUGGAUUAUACGUCGGAUGAGGAUGGCAUCUGGUACUCAGUGGCUCCAAUGAAUGUUCGUCGAGGCCUGGCAGGGGCCACUACCCUAGGAGAUAUGAUCUACGUUUCUGGUGGUUUUGAUGGAAGUCGGCGUCACACCAGUAUGGAGAGAUAUGACCCAAAUAUUGAUCAGUGGAGUAUGCUGGGAGACAUGCAAACAGCUCGGGAAGGAGCAGGACUGGUUGUAGCUAAUGGUGUUAUCUACUGCCUUGGUGGCUAUGAUGGGCUGAACAUCUUGAACUCUGUAGAGAGGUAUGACCCUCACUCUGGACACUGGACAAAUGUCACCCCAAUGGCCACCAAGCGCUCAGGAGCAGGAGUAGCAUUGUUGAACGAUCACAUUUACGUUGUUGGUGGGUUUGAUGGGACAGCACAUCUCUCCUCUGUGGAAGCCUAUAACGUUCGCACUGAUUCCUGGACUACUGUGACGAGUAUGACAACGCCUCGUUGCUACGUGGGUGCCACCGUGCUGAGGGGACGGCUGUAUGCAAUAGCUGGGUAUGAUGGCAACUCGCUGCUGAGCAGCAUUGAGUGCUAUGAUCCCAUCAUUGACAGCUGGGAAGUGGUGACCUCACUGGGGACACAGCGUUGUGAUGCUGGUGUUUGUGUCCUUCGAGAGAAGUGACUUUGGAGAAGCCCAGGUGAGAGAGACUCCUUGAGAAGGACAGGCUGAAAGAGGAGAAUCUCACGUGGUUUGCAGGAACUUGUUCCUGACAGCUGGGGAUGCAGGGACUGCAGGCACCAGUGCAGCAUUCUUUCUGCGCUGCUUUGAAAUACGUUGCAUGGACAAACACAUCACCCCAGCAGCUACUGGAAAUCAAGAGCUCUAUGUGAAGCUAGAAAAAGGUACUUGGGUGGAUCAGGAGAAAUUGCAUCCUCUGCCAACCGCUAACUUUAUCAACACAGCAGAUAUGCUUGGACUUCUGGCUUUGGCUGGUCAGACAGCCUAAUGAAUGCUUAGGAAGAUAUGUACUUACAGCUGAUCUGACAGUCACCUCUGCACCUGCAGUCCUUGCAGGGUCACUGGCAGCUCUGAGCUACCUGCGUGUUUGAGGGUGGAAUCCAAACUGUUCUUGAUGUGCCAGCUUCAGAUUCUCAUACAAACGAAAUGUUUAAAGCUCAGUGUUCCAUGUACCAAGUGCACUUCCGUACAGAUGAUGACCAGUGUGCACUACGCUGGAGCUACAUCUGCAUGGUAUACAUUGACCCGUGUACAAAGGACAGAAAUCACACACUAAUGCUUUCAACUGCUGAGACCCAGGUGCGGCAGAGGAGGAGAAGGGUCUGGCACUCCAGGUAAUAGUGGAGGAGGAAGAAACGGAGAUUGGGGUGUUGGGAAGACUGCAGUAUCCCAGUCUGCCUACUGGAAACAGAUUGGAAGAGGUGAGGAGAAUAAUGUGUUUAACACGGUCGUAUUUUCUUCAAGAAGCUUGAUGGACUUGUCAUGGGAGAGAGAGCUUUUUCUGGCAGCAGAAACCUCACUCUGCUGCUCACCACAACCCUGUGAGUGUUUGUCAUCUUGCAGAACAGUAGAACCAGCAGGUCCCUUGGUGACUGAGAAAUGGGAGGGUGGACAGGACUUGGGAUCAAUUUAGAAUGUACACAUACUACUGAAUAAGAACCAUUCCCUGCCUCGAGACACAAGGCAGCUAGAACUUGCAUGUCAAACCCCUUUCAUGCCUUUACUCUCAGCUGUUUACUUCCUUGGCUCCUAACACCUCAUCUUCUCAUGCCCGUAAUCCUGUGUGCAAAACAUACAGUCCAAGCUCCACAGCUGAAGCUGCAGGUUCAUCCAUUGGCUUGGUAGACUGCCCUCCCCUUCAGCCCGUCUUACAUCUCUGGUGCUCUCUGCUCUCAAGGAUCAGAAGCCUCAGUCGCUCCUGCCAAGCCUCCCACAAUGUCUGCGUUUUGGCUGGUGCUGCUCUUUUUGUGUGCUGUUGAUUCUGUGCUUUGGGGAUGGGGUGGGAUCAGGGACACAGUAGAAGGAGUUAAUGAUGCACUUUCAGCCAACACUCUGAAUUUCUCCAUUUGUUCCUAUCAUGUUUUGUGUUUCAUUUCCUAUGUAUUUUUUUAGUGAAAGUAUCAAAAAUAAAGUAUCCGUAGGAGUUUGUCCUAUGCCCUCUAGUCAUGGAUUUAAGGGCUAUGUUGGGAAUACACCUGUGUAGUUGCCUUAAAAGACCCUCAUUAGACCAGUUAGUCAUCCAUGUUGAAGUUCUCUUUUGCUGUGACUUUUUGACCUGCAGUACACAGGCCAGGGUGGGUGGUUCUUAAUAGAUGUGUCCUGUCCAUUGUGGUCAGCGUUACAAACAUCUUUUGGGGAUAGGAGGUCUAGAAGAAUGUGCUGCUGCCAAAUCGAUUUGAGGCCAAUUUAGGAGGAUUCAGGAAAGGAUUGGACAUUUAUGUGGUUCGUGGAACAUCCAGUCUAGAUGGAGAUUGCGAAAUGUGUUACUUUUGAGUUAGUGGGGUGAGGCACAGCUUGUUGUGUGUUGUAUUUCCUGUAGAGCCUGAAAAUAGCUCGUAUUUGCUUUCUUGCCAAUGGUGUAAUUGAAAAAUACUCUCCAUAUUUCCCUCCCCACCCUCACCAAAUCCUUCAGUGAUCCUGGUCCUGGGUUGAGAGUGCUCUUGCAAUCCCCAAGCUUGUCACUUAGUCCCCUUGCAAGCAUUCUCUCCUCAUGUUUUCUGGAUUUUAAACAUGCAGGUUUCCUAUAGUGCUGACCCUCUCUGCAUCAAGGGGAAGGCAGGGGCACUGGCUGGACCACUCUCUAGCCCUCUUCCUAAGACACGAGUGAGGAACUGCCUUGCUGAUGAACUGUGAGCUCCCAUGUCGGGAUAAGAUCCAAACAGGAGCCCUAUCCAGUACUCACUAGGAAGCACUAACUAUUUCCAUGACUGCAUGCAGGACCCCAGGGCAGUAAAUAGGAAAUGACCUAACCCAAACCUCCUGUGAGUUAUUGGCAUAAGGAGAGAGACUCCUGAGAGUUCCCAGGCUAUAAGCAUAGCAAAGGGGUGUGGUGGUCUACGCUCGAAGCAGGCAGCAGCUCCUCUGACCUUUCUUGGGUCAGCUUCCAUGCAGAGACCUUUUUGUGCUGUUUUCUAACAUCAGGCCCCAGGCUUCCACCUCCAGUUUCCGUAUUGUCCGUCCACCCUCCAGUGAUGGUGGUCCAGCGAAUGAGAUAACAGGCCUAAACCAGGUUAUAGCAGUGCUUGGCCCUGUCCACAGGACCAUGGAGACCUUUCUAGGAAGAGCUGUUUUGUAAAGGUGGUAUUUGCUGGAGGGGGAUGGCAUUGCUAAUUAUAUCACAAAAAAAAGAAAUCCUAACAAUAGUCUAGGUUGAUUAGUGAUAGAGAUGGUAAAAUUGUAUAUAUUGAUUCAGAAAAGGCAAAAGUGCUCAAUAAAUAUUUCUUCUGUGUUUCGAAAGAAGCUAGAUGAUGUAUUCACAUCUUACAGUGAUAAUGAAAUACUCUGUUCCAACAGCAACUAGGGAGGAUGUUAAACAGCAGCUGUUAAAGUUAAGUAGUCUUAAAUCAGCAAACUGGAUAACUUGUACCCAAGAGUUUUAAGAGAAUUGGCUGAGGAGUUCUCUUAACCAUUGAUGUGGAAUUUUUAAAAUCUUGCACUGUUCCAGAAGUUUGAGGACUGCUUUAAAAAAAGGGGGGGGGAGGGGGCAAUGUAGUAUCAGGCUUUAAAAAGGGUAAAUGGGACAACCCAGGUAACUCUAAUAUGAUUAGCCUAACAUCGAUCCCUUGUAAAAUAAUGGAAAGGCUGAGGUUGGAUGCAGUCAGUAAACAAUUAAAGAAUGGCAGCAUUCAGUAUGGUUUUGUGCAAAAUAGAUCUUGCCAAGCAAACUUGAUACUGUUUUUUGAUGAAAUUACAAAUAUGGUUGAUAAAGAUAAGUGUGAGAUAUUUAGACUCAUGUUUUUGACUGGCUACUGUAUGGAAUUCUGAUUUUAAAAUAGCACUGUACAAAAUCAAAGCAGCACAUACUAAAUGGAUUAAAAACUAGCUGAACAUGGUGGGUGAGGUGAUAUCUUUUGUUGAACAUCUGUUGGUGAGAGGGACAAGCUUUUGAGCUUACACAAUGCUCUUCUUGGUGAAGAAGGUCUCUGUGUACAACAGAAGUUAGUCCAAUAAAAGAUAUCCCCUCCCCCAUCUUGUCUCUCCAAUAUCCUGGACCCACCACAGUUACACCAACACUGCAUAAAAACUGUCUAGCUGACAAACUGGCUACGUUAUAGUUCUGAAAAAAUAAUCAUCCAAUGGGCUGUCUAUUACCACCCAUCUCCUCGCUACCCCAUUAGGGGAAACACCAUCCAUCUCCAGAUUAGUGGUGAGGCCUGCUGGCUUGACAGCACGGAGAAGAAUGAGGGCUUUGUUCAGCAGUGCUGUCAAAUAGGUGAUGCCUUCACCAGCACUAAAUCCAGGCCAUUUUUGUAAAGGUGAAAUUAUGGUUAUAUGCAAAUUAUUUUCACAUAUGCAAAUUAGUGUAUUACAUUUUCAUGAGAUGUUCCACAUGAAGAUGAACAAAACUUGGCAGUGAUACCACUGUAGAGGCUAAUCUCUGGUAUGUCUAGACCAGGAUAAAAGGUGUUUUUCUGAAUCACGUUAGCUAAUAACUUCUAACAAACAUGUUUUACGCUCCAGUGUAGACAGGAUAAGUUUUACUACAUACAUGCUAAAUAGUGUAUAUUGGAGCCUGGGGGAGCCAAACGUCAAUUUGCCCAGUGUAGUGCAUGCUGAAAUCCACACUGCCCUGUUUCCACCAGAGUGUAGGGUGGGUGUUAGGAGACAUCAGCUAAGGCAUGCGAUCAUCACACCUUUAAAUCCUAGUCAGGACAAAGCUAAUAUGGGAAGGGAUGUGUCAAAUCACAUUAACCCAAUCAGACGAGUUAAUUUGAUUUUUAAAAGCCACCUUUGUGCUGUAUUUUGUGCUAGCAUCUUUAUCACAGACCGCCAGGCCAAACCUCAAACUUUUGACUCCUGCAACAGACCUUUGUGAAGUAUCUAGACUAGCAUUUACAGUCCUAUUAGUUAACUUGCAUUAAUUGGUAGUUAACUGAGUUGCAACAGGGCCACAAACUCUAGCCUAGACAAACCCCAGGGGCCAGGUUUUCAGAACUCAGCAUGUUGGGUGAUAGCUGAGGUCACAGUAGGAGGUGAGCACUUUCGCUAAACUGGCCCAGAGCUCAGCUUCCAUUUGACAGUCAGGCCCUAGUUUCAGGUGCUGAGCUCUGGAAAAUCAGAACUUUCACGCCCUGGCCUUUUUCCCCUUGACUAAUGAAACCGCAGCCAGGUCAGACAUUGAUUCAACUACUGCCUUAGCAAGAGUAGAAUAGUGGCUAAAUACUUUUAUUUCAACAUGUUGGGUAUUGCACAUUUGUGAAAUCAAAGGCACAGUUUUCUUCAGAGAAUGGCAUGAAAAUGCUGCUGAACUGCUCGGGCUGGCCUCUGCAGUGCACUGGCUUUCAAAGCCAUUCUGCAGUCUGGCUGAAUCCAGUUGUCUGUUCUGCUGCACCUCUUCUGGGUAGGUGUGCGUGUGUUGUUCUGUCCCAGCAUUCCACGCAGGGGAGGGAAAUAGAAACUGGCAAUAUAACAAUGCCUUGGUCCUCCUUAACCAAACCUUCCAUUGUCUCUGUGCCCAGCACAACUCCAGGAUGAAGGGAGGGGUGCAGUACUAUGGUCUUCCUGAGGGAUUCUUCAAGGCAGGGCUCGAAGGAGACAGAGUUAAGGACAUAUGGGAAGUGUCACCUUAACUCUGCAUUCCUGGGUUUUGUAAGUGUCCCCCCUCCUCGGCUAUCAGUGACAGGUGAUAUCAGUGGAAGUAUGUGAGCAGCCCUUAACUCAGCAUCUCCUGGAUUGCUAAUGUUCCAAUGUGGGGUUGCAGAGUCCCCCUUUCUGGAUAGGUGUGAGGAGCAAAAAGCCCUGUUGCGUGUGAGGAGUCAGAACUGCCUCUUAAGGAUAUCUUGUGUAAGAAACGGAGGGUUUUGUCUAUGCUACAAAGUUAAGUCAACGUCAGGUAGGUCUGUAUGCUGCGGUGCUCCUGCACCAACAUAGUAAAAUCACCUUGGCGAGAGGCAUGAUGCCUCGGGUGAUGUAGGUAGAGCGACGCAGCGUCAAUGUAGAUGCUGCAUUGCUUCCAUUGCCCUAAGUGGCCUCCAGGAAGUGUCCCACACGGUCCAUUAUGACUACUAGGGUCACGUUUUGAAGAUUGCUGCCCUGCAGCCAGGUGCCCAGGCAUGUACCCCCUCCCCUUUUAAAGCCCCAGGAAGUUUUGAACUUGCUCUUCCUGUUGCUGGGCGUGGAGGACAAGCCUGCUCCGGCGUGGAGAACGCAGGAGGCGGUGGAUCCCCUGGGUCUGGGGGCAGAGGAGGCCCAGGUCUGCUCCAGCUGCAGAAACUUGUUUGGGGCAAGGAGGAGAAGGGCUAUAACAGGGGGACAGCCGUGCUGUGUAAAAAGCCAAAAAGCUGCAGCAAGCAUAGCAGAAGACAAGGGAGACAAAUAGUCGCUCUGGUGCAGAUCGGCAGGCAUGGUGCUUCUACAAGGAGGGAGCUGGGGUCAGAGAGCUGAUAUGCAGGUGAGGGAGCAGUCCGGGUGAGGGCUGUGGGGAAAUAUGGGGGCUGGAAUCAGGGUUGUGGUAUAUGGGUGGGAGCUGCCAGGGUGGUAGUAUAAGGGUGAGGAGCUUUGGGGGGAGCAGUCAGGGUGGGGGGUCAGGGUGCUUAACCUCAGACUAUAGGAAAAGCUGUCAUGGUUUUAAGGAAGAAACAAAGAUACCACUGGCAUUCACUUUUUCGUAUAGACGUAAACUGUGCCGGAUUAAAUUACUGAUGAAGAGUGGGAAAUUAGUACAAUUUUUGUACGCCUGUAGAUUAUUCAUGAAAGAAAAGGGGUUUACUUCUCUUGAGGAAGAUAUUUGUGUUUUAAUUCUGUCUGAAACCUUCUCCAAUCAUACAAAACUUAAUUAGAAAAGAAACAGCAUUUCAGGACCACCCUAUACUCCCCCUUUCCCCCCCACAUGCACCCACCCCCCCACCCCAUGUAUCUUCCAGGGCUGCAGCAGCACCCAAGGCACUCCAGCCCUCAGGAGAUUAAACACAACAGCUGUACGUACACCGAGCUGUGAAAGCCUUGUGGGUCACCCUGUUCCCUCCCCUUUAAAGAUACUUUCCCCUGCAUGUAUGAAGUUUCCCUCCACAUUACAUAGAUAGGUUUGUAGGGGUGUGGAAUAAAAAUCUACUUAUGGAAACUGAUGUUAUCUUCAUUAUGCUCCAUCACAUGCUGCUAACAUUCACCAAUAAUAGCAAUAGGUGUAUGUGAAUUGUUCUAGUCGAACACGCACAGCAAUCACUUGUGCUUGUAUAUAAUGUCAUUUGUUUUUAUAAAAUUGUUUCUUUAAGUCA